AUGAUGCCAGCUCCCUCCCGAAAGGGCGGUGUAUACAGCAAGCUGAGCACGUCAUCAGAGGAGCCAGCUGCUGCACCCACUACAGUUCCUUACACGGAGUCGACCUUCCAAGAUCUGCCUGUGCCGGUAGCUACCGGAGGAUCCACUCAGAGGACAAGGCGGAUGGGUAAACGCCAUGGAGAACGUAGUAGUAAACGAAGUGCUCUGUCGCUGAGCCUCAUGCAUUUGGGCAAGUGGGGCCUCAUGGUGGUCUUCGUGUUGGUACGGGCUGCUCAUACUAUGGCGAUGGAGGCAUCCAAGGUUGAUAAACGGUUCCUAUACAAUAAAGCAACUCCAAUCGUGAUGGAAUGUGUGAUUACUUUUAUAGUGGGGAUUUACAUGGCUUACUCCCUUGAGGGGCCCGACUGGCUGCGGAAAUGCCUGGCACCACAAUCUUUCAAAGUAUUCUCGCUCAUCGGGGUGUUCUUCGCCAUUGGGGAUAUUCUAGAGAUGCAGUCGAUGUCGGCUAUGGACGGCGCGGUGUACCAAGUCCUUGGCCAGUCCAAGCUCAUCGUCACGGCUAUAACGCUAUGGGCUGUGAAGGGCCACAACCAGACGGCUCUGGAGUGGGUGGUCCUCGCCUUGAUAGUAGCCUCUAUGAGCACGUUUGUCCUCGAAGACCACAACAACAGUACUCGUAGUGAGGCCAGCUACUACGUAUCGCAGCCACAAGAGAGUCUAUUUAGUAAACUGUUGGGUAUAGGAUAUGUGAUGUUUAAGGUAACGAUAUCGUGCUUAUGUGCAGUGUUGGCGGAUAAGUACAUGAAGCAAUUUUCGGACGUUCCCUUUUAUAUACAGAUGGCUCAGUAUAAGAUCGCUUGGUUCACGACUUGUGUAGCCCUGGCAUACGCCCUCGACUGGGAGGGAGAGCUGACCCAGUUUGGUUUCUUCCACGGUUGGACUUGGUCUACCUUGAUGGUCACUAUCAGCUUUACGAUCAAAGGCUGGUGUACGAUGUACCUAUUGCGAAGUCUCGAUUCUGUUCUUAAAAACAUCGGCGAGGCCCUCGCGGUAAUCGCCGUUUAUCUGUGUUCUAUCUUGCUAUGGGGGAAGGCAUUCGACUCGGCGGCGUUCCUUAGCAUGUCUUCCGUUGUGUUGGCUGUGGUGACCUACACCCUGGUCGUCAGGCUAGAGACUAAGAACAAGCGUUUGAUGUACAUGUUGGUGGAGAUACAGGAUGACGUUCCCUUCGUGUCUGCUCCUGCACCGCCGGGGAAUGAACGCUAGCCUGGAUGAAUAACAGUAGGAGCUCUCUCAC